AUGGAGAAGGAGGGGAGAGGAUCUGUCGGCUGGUUUCUGCCGCAGGAGAGCAGGAAGCCUGCUGGGAGACGGAUGGAGGACGGAGGAGGCUGGAGGACGGCGGCCCCGGGCGGCGCUCGUCCGUCCGGGCUGCGGAGCGUCCUGGCGUGGGGCGUCCUGGUGCUGCUGGCGGCGGGCCGGGGGGGCGUGGAGGCGUGCCCUGCUCCCUGCAGCUGCCUGGGGAACACGGUGGACUGCCACGGCCUGGGGAUCCACUCCGUGCCCAGAAACAUCCCCCGAGGGACCGAGAGGCUCGACCUGAACGGAAACAACCUGACGGCCGUCACCAAGGCGGACUUCUCCGGUCUCAAACACCUCCGAGUCCUCCACCUGAUGGAGAACCAGAUCAGUAACGUCGAGAGAGGAGCCUUUGAUGAGCUGAAGGAGCUGGAGAGACUUCGCCUCAACAAGAACCAUCUCAGCCAACUUCCAGAGCUGCUGUUCCAGAAGAACGAAGGCCUGUCUCGACUGGACCUGAGUGAAAACAGCAUCCAGGCGAUCCCAAGGAGGGCCUUCAGAGGAGCCACGGACCUCAAGAACCUUCAGCUGGAUAAGAACCACAUCAGCUGCAUCGAGGAGGGGGCGUUCAGAGCUCUGCGGUCCCUCGAAGUCCUCACGCUGAACAACAACAACAUCAGCACCAUCCCGGUCUCCAGUUUCAACCACAUGCCGAAGCUCCGCACCUUCCGCCUCCACUCCAACUCCCUGCGCUGCGACUGCCACCUGGCCUGGUUGUCUCCGUGGCUGCGUCAGCGGGCGGCGUUGGGCCUCUACACUCAGUGCAGCUCUCCUCCCACGCUGAGAGGCCUCAACCUCGCCGAGCUGCGCAAGAGCGACUUCGCCUGCACAGGCAACGGCGGCAGCGCCUUCGUGCAGCCGUGCAGCCUGGCGUCCGGCUCCUGCCCCCCCAUGUGCUCCUGCAGCAACAACAUCGUGGACUGUCGGGGGAGGGGCCUCACCGCCAUCCCCGCCCACCUGCCCGAGGCCAUGACCGAGAUUCGUUUGGAGCAGAACGGCAUCAAGUCGGUUCCUCCGGGCGCCUUCACCUCCUACAAGAAGCUGCGUCGCAUAGACCUGAGUAACAACCAGAUAUCUGAGAUCGCUCCGGACGCCUUCCACGGCCUCAGAGCCCUCAACUCCCUGGUCCUCUACGGGAACAAGAUCACCGAGCUGCCCGGCGGAGUGUUCGAUGCCCUGGCCGCCCUGGAGCUGCUGCUGCUGAACGCCAAUAAGAUCCACUGCAUCCGAGCCUCCGUGUUCAAAGACCUGGAGAACCUGGCCCUGCUGUCGCUCUACGACAACAAGAUCCAGAGUUUGGCGAAAGGCACCUUCAGCUCCCUGCGCAGCAUCCAGACACUCCACCUGGCCCAGAACCCCUUCGUGUGCGACUGCAACGUGAAGUGGCUCGCCGACUUCCUCCGCUCGAACCCCAUCGAGACGAGCGGAGCGCGCUGCGCCAGCCCUCGCCGCCUCGCCAACAAGCGCAUCGCGCAGAUCAAGAGCAGCAAGUUCCGCUGCUCGGCUAAGGAGCAGUACCACAUCCCAGGUACUGAAGAUCGCCGUCUGAGCUACGAGUGCAACAGUAAGCCGGUGUGUCCAUCCAAGUGUCGCUGUGAGGCCAACGUGGUGGACUGCUCCAACCUGCGCCUCACCAAGUUCCCCGAGCACCUACCCCCCUCCACCGAAGAGCUGCGACUCAACAACAACGACCUCUCCGUGCUGGAGGCCACCGGAGCCUUCAAGGGCCUGACGCAGCUCAAGAAGAUAAACUUGAGCAACAACAAGAUCUCGGAGAUCGAGGACGGGGCCUUCGAAGGCGCCUCGGCGGCGGUGGAGCUCCACCUGACGGCCAACCACCUGGAGUCCGUGAGGGGGGGCAUGUUCAAAGGCACGGAGGGGCUGCGCAUGCUGAUGCUGAGGAACAACAAGAUCAGCUGCAUCCAUAACGGCAGCUUCACGGGUCUGAGCAACGUCCGGCUGCUCUCGCUCUACGACAACCAGCUGAGCUCCAUCCAGCCCGGAGCCUUCGACACACUACCCAACCUGUCCACACUGAAUCUUCUGGCCAACCCGUUCAGCUGUGACUGUCGCCUCUCGUGGUUCGGGGCGUGGCUUCGCAGCCGGCGCAUCGUGACGGGGAACCCUCGCUGCCAGGGCCCCGCCUUCCUCCGGGAGAUCCCGCUGCAGGACGUGGCGGUCCCCGACUUCCGCUGCCAGGACGGUUCCGUGGUGGACGACGGCAGCUGCGCUGCGGGCCCUCCGUGUCCCGGCCAGUGCACCUGCAUGGACACGGUGGUGCGCUGCAGCAACAAACACCUGCAGGCUCUGCCCAGAGGACUCCCCCGCAACGUCACCGAGCUGUAUCUGGAUGGAAACCAGUUCACCAGUGUUCCUAAGGAGUUGGCCACUUUCAAAUACCUGCAGCUUGUGGAUCUGAGCAACAAUAAAAUCAGCUCCCUGUCGGAUGACUCCUUCUCCAACAUGAGCCAGCUCACCACUCUGAUCCUCAGCUACAACUCUCUGCGCUGCAUCCCUCCUCUGGCCCUGGGAGGCCUGCGCUCUCUGAGGCUGCUCUCUCUCCAUGGCAACGACAUCUCUGAGCUCCAGCGCGGCAUCUUCAGCGACGUCGUCUCCCUGUCUCACCUGGCGAUCGGAGCCAACCCCCUGUACUGUGACUGCCGCCUGCUCUGGCUCUCUGAUUGGGUGAAGAGCGGCUACAAGGAGCCCGGCAUCGCACGCUGCGCCGGGCCGCGCGGCAUGGAGGGCAAGCUGCUGCUCACCACGCCCGCCCACAGCUUCCAGUGUGAGGGUCCGGUAGAGGCCUCUGUUCAGUGCAGCCCAUGUGUGACCUCUCCCUGCCAGAACCACGGUGUGUGUCAAGUCCACGACACGGAGCUGUACACCUGCACCUGCAAGUCCGGCUUCACGGGUAAGCACUGUGAGACUCCGGUGGACGCCUGUGUCAGUAACCCCUGCACCAACGAAGGAAUCUGCAUCAGUGACGAACAGACGAGAGGAUUCAGCUGCGCGUGUGCGUUCGGUUUCCACGGUACCUUCUGCGAGGUGAACGUGGACGACUGUCAGGACCACGGCUGUGAGAACGGCGCCACCUGCGUGGACGACGUGGGCAACUACACCUGCUUGUGUCCCCCGAACUACACAGGUCUGCUUUGUGAGGAAGAGGAGGGGUCGUGUUCUCCAGGUAGAAACCCCUGUCAGCAUCAGUCCACCUGCGUCAGCACUCCGACCGGCUCCAGAUGUGUGUGUAUUCCAGGCUGGGUGGGCCCAGACUGCGGUCUGGAUUACGAUGAAUGCGUCGAUCAUCGCUGUCAGAACGGAGCUCAGUGCGUCGACCAUCUGGACGGCUACAGCUGCGUCUGUGUGCAGGGACACAGUGGCGAUCUGUGUGAGGUGGCCCCUCCCUCCUCGCCGCUCUGUCGGCGCACGCCGUGUCAGAACGGCGCCGCCUGCGCGGAGGAGACGGGCGCGGCGGUCUGCCGCUGUCCGCCCGGCUUCGAGGGUCAGAGCUGCGAGAGGCUGGUCGGCGUCAACUUCGUGGACCGGGAUUCUUACGUCCAGCUCCGAGACGUCAAGAACUGGCCUCAAGCCAACAUCACUCUGCAGGUGUCAACAGCGGAGGAAAACGGCAUCUUGCUCUAUAACGGAGACGACGAGCCAAUCGCUGUUGAGCUCCAUCAGGGUCACGUCAGGGUCACAUACGACCCCGGCAACCAGCCUGCCACCGCCAUCUACAGCACCGAGACGGUGAACGACGGGCAGUUCCACACGGUCGAGCUGGUGACCUCCAACCGGAUGGUGAACCUGUCGGUGGACGGAGGAGAGCCGACCACCCUGGACAGCCAGGGCGGCAGCCGGCCGGGGGCGGGCGACGCGCCGCUGUACGUCGGAGGUAUGCCCGAGGCGGCGAUGGACGGCGCCCUGGGUUCCGCCUCUCAGACCCUCAACGGGUCCAGUUUCCACGGCUGCAUCAGGAACCUCUACAUCAACCACGAGCUGCAGGACUUCACCCGCGGCCACAUGAAGCCGGGGGUGGUGCCGGGCUGCCAGGCCUGCCGCAAGCUCCCCUGUCUGCACGGCGUCUGCCAGCCCGACGCCGCUCAGGGUCCGCUGUGUCACUGCCAGUCGGGAUGGGCGGGACAACACUGUGACCAGCCAAUAGCGGCAGGCCUGACCGGAGCGGACGUCGUCACCGCGGCGACCGGGGUCAACCCGUGCGACGGCAGCAAGUGCGCGAGGGGCGUGUGCGUGGCGCUGGACGCGCAGACGUACCGCUGCGACUGCGCGGAGGGAUACCGCGGCGCGCUGUGCAACCUGCAGGGGGAGCCGGCGGGCUCGUGCCGGCCGGGGGUUCGGUGUCUGCGUGGUCGGUGUCAGGAGACGGAGGACGGGGAGCGCUGCGUCUGUGAGCCGGGAUACACCGGGGAGAGUUGCGACAUAGAGUCCCCGUGUCGAGGUGAGCCGGUGAGAGACUACCACCGCCUGCAGCACGGCGCCGUCCUCUGCCAGACGUCCAAGCCGUUCUCCUGGGUCGAAUGUCGUGGUCGCUGCCAGACGGGAGCCGAGCCGGCCGCCACUUCCUGCUGCGCUCCUCUGAGGGUCCGACGCCGGCGGCUCUCAUUCGAAUGCGACGACGGGACCUCGUUCACGCAGGACGUGGAGAAGCCUGUGGAGUGUGGCUGCAAGGAGUGUGUGUAGUGCUGUGGAUGUAACGGAUGUAACACACACACACACACACACACACACACACACACACACACACCAAGAUAAAGAGGUACACACACUUUAGGGAUUCGCUCACUGAGAAACGGACAUUUUUGUGUUUUUUCAGUAACACAAGACAGCGCUUCCCUCUGGAAACAUGGAGUCAACGAAACCGACCUCCUCCUCCUCCUCUUCCUCCUCCUGCUCCUACUCGUCCUCCUGCUCCUCUUCUUCCUCUUCCUCCUCAUCCUCCUCUUCCUCCUUCUCCUCCUCUUCCUCCUCCUCCUCUGCCCGCUCGAACAUCCACAUCCAACCACGAGCCUCCGUGUUUCUGCAGGUACAAAGUGAAGCCUGGGACUCGUUUUACAAUAUACAGUAUUAUCAUAAAAAUCUGACUUGUUUUCCUGGUGUUUCUAUAACGGCAGCUCUGAGGUCAGUUUGAUGAACGAUAAAAUCUCUCUUUAACGUCCUGUUUGCAGCAGACACACGGCGGAGGGUUUAAGCUUUCAGAGAGAAGAGGCCCCGCCCCUUCUGGCAUAUCGGACUUUUAUUUUUUCAGUUUGAAUUUGUUGCACGUGUGACGUCUGUCAAUUUUAAAAAGAUCGUUCUUCACGUCUGGAAAGUCGCAGUAACAUUUAGUUUUGUGUGAAACCGAUCGUUGCCAACGCGGGAAGAGAAAGAACGAUCAAGACCCCGUUGUUGUUGUUGUUGUUAGCAGAACGCCUUGGGACGUAUUUUUCCCUUAAUGUCUUGUAUUUCUACAUUUUUAUGACAAAAUUUGACUUUCUUGACGUGCAGAAUUAUCGUUUUAAAUUGACAAACAAUCAAAUGUGUACUUCCUGUGUGUUACGCCUGAAGGGGGCGGGGCUUCGUCUCUCUGCAGCUUAUUCUACAUUCGUACAUGACUAACAAAAAAGUUCACUGAAGGAAAAAAAACAUUUAUAUAAACAUGUCGAAGUGUUUUUAGUCGCUUUAGAAAAAGGACUUUAUAGUAAAUAUUUGUUUCACCGCAGACGCAAAUUUACUGUCCGUCCAGUUUGAAUUCAACAACCAAACCUUUUGCUCACAGAUAGAAAUCGUUAUAUUGUAAAAUAAACGCCUCAUUGAGUUUAAGUCUCAAUCCGAAUGUAAAUAAUAAGGUUACCCCGUCACCAGGCGCAGCCCUGGAGGUCAAAAGGUCACCGGGUUCACUCGUGGACCGCAGAGGGGGGCGGGGGGUCAAGACAUUCCCAUAGCUACUCACCAGACGCCCUUUAAUCCCAGUUUAGACUGGCAGGGGGGGAAGUGUGUGUGUGUGUGUGUUUUGCACUUGUAUCCUUGUGGGGACCAGUGUUUUUAGACCUUGAGAAACUUGUCGGAUUCCUGAUUUUACUUUUAUUACUGAUAUAAUACAAGUAUAUAUUCUCAGAGUAUAGUGUUGACAUAUGUAUCAGAUAUUAAAAGAUUUACGAUAAUACAGCCCGGGUUUAGCUGCGAUGGUUCGGGGCCAAGGAACGCAUUGGGGUCCUCACAAGUAUAGAAGUACAGGUGUGUGUGUGUGUGUGUAAUGAGCUUCAUUAUAGGGCGAUGCGGCUUGUUUGUUUCGGAUCAAACGCUUCUUCUCCGUCAGCAGAGCCAGUGAACGCCACACAGAAAAUGUAGCUUUUAUAUACGAUGAAAUGUUAUUUAUAUGGAUGUGAAGCAAAAAAAAAAAAAAGUGACAUUUCGUUUUAACAUGUUUUAAUUGUUUAGUUUUUUAACCUUUUGAGUUUUCCAUAAAAUCUGACGAAUUGUGUCGUGAAUCAGAUUCAAACUAAUGUAGCUUUUAUUAUUAUUAUUAUAACUGCAAUACAUCUACACACAGUAACAGCCUAACAGAUUGUAAUAUAUAUUAUAAGCUUACAAUGCAUUUGAUUUUCAUCAUAGUAUUUUUAUAAGUUGAAGAGGAUGUUGUCACUGUUUCAUCUGUAGAACGUAGAGAAAUAUUUGUUUUCACUUGCCAAAAAAAAAAAAAUGUUACCAAACCAAAACAAUUCCCGGUGGGAAUCUUCACCCAAAAAAAUAAAUCCGAUAUUGUUUGGGUUGUUGUCGUCUCACCUGAAAGCAGACGACCAUUAGUGCUUCUUUUUCCUAUUUAUUUAAAUAAAAGAGCUGUUUCUCCUUCAUUGAUUUCUCCAA